UUUAGGGUUUAGAAUUUCUUUCUUUCUGAUUAUGAGUCUCCUUUGCGGGUGAGCUUAAAUUGAUCAUUGUGAGUAAACGACUAUAUAAUUUUUUCUUUAUUAAUACAAUGAUGUAAAAAAAUGUGUUUUUUGAUUAUGCGAUUAUCUUGUGGAAUUAUUAUUGUCAAAACAUAAUAUCUCCACUUAUGAAAGAUCCUAUGGAGGCUUGUAAUUGGGAGUGGUAAUGGCGAAGAUAUAAUAUAUAUUAAAUAUAUGUUGAAUGUCCAUUUAUAUUUAUAUUAAAUGAAGUCGGUAAAUUAGCACAUCGAUACAGUCAUGGGUAAUUUAGAGAUUCAUCUAAUUGAAUUUCUUUCAAAUGUGAUCUGACAAGUAUGUGAUGGCUAUUUUCGUCACUUUUGUGUUCGCAUUUUAUUCUACCGCUGAACGAAAUAUGUGCUAUUUCGAGACGUGUUAUAACGAUAUCCGAGUGCGCGCGUGUAGUUGAUCAGUGAAAAGAUUAAUCGCAAGCAGAAUCUAAAAUUAUGUGAUGUGUUGAACUUUUUAUAACUUUAUUAAUCAUAUUUUUAGAUUUUAGAUUUUAUCAUGGGAACCAAAAAUUUUUUACAUUAAAUGUGUCUACAUUUUUACAUUAAAUGUGUCUACAUCAAAGGUCUCGCCAUUGCUACAUGAAAAUUGUUAGGUUGAAAAGUGAUAGGUUGGAGAAGGCAAAGACUAAGGAUAUGGCGCAGAAAAUGCACUGAGAGUAUUCUCCUUUGCUUUGUGCUUACAGAUUUGUGCGUCGCCUCAAUCUCGGAUAAUUUGCGCACAACCGUCAUUGCUCAGCCCAGAACACGGUUAGCUGUAAAUCGAAUGAUCGAACAAAACUUUAAGAGGCUUUUAAUUCCUGAAAAGUCGCACUGACUUCUGUUUUUCUGUUUCUGAUUUCUGUUUCAGAGACUAGCAGACCAAAUUGGUUAUGAAACCUAAUCUAAUUAUGAGUAGUAUGAGAUUUUUGGGGCUGAUUGUGCAAACAGUAAUUAAAGCUUAAAUUUAAUAAUACUCCUCGGCUAAUGACUAAUUUGUCAAAGUUUAAUACAUACAAAUAAUGUUCGGUCCAUCCAUUUUCUCUUAUAUAAGUCGUUUUAUCGUUUCUGACAAAAUUUCUUGUGGUCUUCGUACAAUCUAUACUUUGUGUCUUCCAACAGCAUUCAUCAAACGAGAGAAAUAUUUCUUCGUUUCGAUGUUUGCAUAAAUGUAUGGUUUUUAUAUAUACAAUUUUACAUACAAAUAUCUAUAAUAACAUCCACAUACAUAUAUAUAACCAUAUAUAUUAAAAAGAGUUGUAAUAUUCCUUGAUCGUUUUAAUUUCUGUGAACUUACAGUUUGGAGGACGGUUUUAUCAUAGCAGCUUCUGGCGUGACGUCACGGUACUCCCGUGUUAAGAAAGAUAUUCCACAAUACGAAUAAGAAUAACGCGCCCGCAUACACCAAUGCGACUAAUAGAAGUUUUACUAGCCUAGGGCAAUAGGUCAUCCAGCUGUUACAUAUGUAUAUCCGUGAAAUGCAUCAGAGUUCUUAUCAGGCCCCAUAUAUGAUCUCAAUCAAAUAGGCCAGGUCGUUGCUGGACCUGGAGCUAAGUAUCUGACACUACCUGGAAUAUUAGGAGCUGGUCUACCGAAAAUUACGUCCGAGCAGCAAGAUACUGUAAACAGGGCGAAGAAAUAUGCAAUGGAACAGAGCAUUAAGAUGGUUCUCAUGAAGCAAACUUUGGCCCAUCAACAACAGCAAAUGGCUAGUCAACGGAAUCAGGUGCAAAGACAGCAGGCUCUCGCCCUCAUGUGCAGGGUUUAUGUAGGCAGCAUCAGUUUUGAAUUGAAAGAAGAUACAAUCAGGCAAGCUUUCUUGCCAUUCGGACCGAUUAAAUCCAUCAAUAUGUCUUGGGACCCCGUUACGCAGAAACACAAGGGUUUCGCCUUUGUCGAAUACGAGAUACCCGAAGCCGCACAACUUGCUUUGGAACAAAUGAACGGUGUCAUGAUCGGUGGCCGCAACAUCAAGGUAGUGGGACGUCCGUCCAAUAUGCCACAAGCGCAAUCGGUAAUCGAUGAGAUCACUGAAGAGAGCAAACAUUACAAUCGCAUAUAUAUCGCUUCAAUACAUCAAGACCUAACGGAAGAAGAUAUCAAGUCAGUUUUUGAAGCAUUUGGGCCAAUCACGUAUUGUAAGCUCGCUCAAGGUAGUUCGCCGCAUCGACACAAGGGUUAUGGGUUCAUCGAAUACGAGACAAUGCAAGCUGCGCUGGAGGCUAUUGCUUCUAUGAAUUUAUUCGAUCUCGGUGGUCAAUAUCUGAGAGUAGGCAGAGCUAUAACGCCGCCGAAUGCACUUAUGGGACCUCCUAGUGGCACCAGCAUGAUGCCGACCGCGGCCGCGGUGGCAGCAGCGGCUGCAACGGCGAAAAUUCAAGCGAUGGAUGCUGUUGCUAGCAAUGCGGUCGCAUUAGGCCUCACCAAACUUGGAGCUGCCGCACCACCGAUUUUGAAUCAAACGCUUCCCGGAGUGGUACGACCUACUAUAGCACCCGCAACAAUAAUGGCACCACCGGUAGCCACGGUAGCACCAGUGAUACCUCCGCCUGGUAUAGCUAUACCGCAAACUUUAACGCGACCGCCCGCUAUUAUUCAACCAAUUCCUGGUCAACCAGUUGUUAUACCACCUCCUGCUGUUGUCGCGCCAACGAUUGUCGGCACACCAGUUAUACCGGUUACAACUACUGCAAAUUCCGAUAUUAUUAUGAGACGAGCGCAAGAACAAGCAGCUCACCAAAAACAACAGGAGGAAUUGCAGAAGAAACUCUUGGAAGAAACGGAACCGCAAACGUUACAACAGCAAGAAAAUAUGUCUAUUAAAGGCCAGAGCGCACGUCAUCUCGUGAUGCAGAAGCUCAUGCGUAAGGUCGAGUCCCGAGUCGUCAUCUUAAGAAAUAUGGUAGCGCCGGAAGAUGUGGACGAGACACUACAAGAAGAGAUCCAGGAUGAGUGUUCCAAGUUCGGUGUGGUCGUUCGGGUUAUUAUUUAUAAGGAGAGGCAAUCCGAGGAUGACGAAAAUGCGGAAGUCAUCGUAAAAAUAUUCGUCGAAUUCGCUGAAAUGAAUGAAGCGGAACGUGCGAGAGAUUCGCUGAACGGUCGUUAUUUCGGCGGACGGCUCGUUAAGGGAGAAUUAUAUGAUCAAGCCCUGUUUGACAAUAGUGAUUUUUCUGGUUGAUGCGCGGAAAUGCUCUCAUACUUUCUAUAUACUAUAAAUUUUUAUUAAAUUCGCGUCGAAGGAAGAUUAAAUUUAAUUUUGACUGACAGCUUGAUCUUCGUUAUUUAAGCUAUUAUUUAUAAGAUUUUAGAGUCACAUGAGUUGAGUCAAAAAGUAUUUGGUCAGGUAUUUGCGAUAUCAUAGUUCUAAUGAUAAGUUCUACAGUAAUUAAGUUACAGAAAUGAAUGUAAUAUACAAGAAUUUGGUAGCAUAGCUGGAACAUUUAAGUUAAUCAAAUGUGAUUCAAAAUAUUUCGUAUAUUCAACUUUGUUUUUCUUUAUAAAAUUUAUCACAAUCACAACUGCAAUUGCAAGUUAGAAUCAGCAUCAAGAAAUAAAAUAAUAGAUAAUGUAUCAAUCUACCUAUCCAAUAUAUAUAGUACCUUCGUUAUAAUUUCAUUAAGAAUGAGAUUGUGUAUGAAAGUGAUAGAUUUUAAUUUACAUGUAUAGAAAAAAGUUAGAAUAUUAAUAAAUUGUUUUACAUAUAUAAUAUUUACAAGAUAAUUUAUUUAAGGAGAAUAAUUAGUAACAUUCAAACUUUAAAUCUACAUAAAAUCUGUAAUCUAUGUUGAAAAACAAAAUUUGUCUAAAAUACUUGAAUACUCGAAACUAUUGCAAAGUUCAAAUAUUUUAUUGCAUAAAUAAAUUCCUCUAAAAGAAAUAGACUUUCC